CUCGGGGCCGCCGGAGCCGGCGCUGGAGCGCAGCGCACCGCGGAGCCAGCGCUCGGGAGCCGCCCCUCUCCCGUAGGCUCGGCCCGGACUAUUCCAGGGACCAGACAAGGGAAACCGGGGACCUCGGCCACGCGCCCCGAAUCUGCAGGUGAGAAAAGAAGGACUGACAGAAGUCGUGGUGAAGACAUUAGAAAACUGAGUUUUAACUAUAAAGCGGAAGCAGAAGGACACCGCCAUUUGCAACUGGACGUGCCAUCAGCUGUAAGUCGAGUUCCUGAUCCAAGGACCACAGCUGAACCCUCCCAGUCCCCAGAACCAAAAACUAUGGAGCUUUCCGACAGCGACCGACCCAUCAGCUUCGGCUCCACCUCAUCCUCGGCCUCCUCCAGGGACAGCCAUGGUUCCUUUGGCAGCAGAAUGACUUUGGUUUCAAACAGCCACUUGGGCUUAUUUCACCAGGAUAAAGAAGCUGGGGCCAUAAAGCUGGAGCUGGUACCAGCACGACCAUUUUCCAGCAGCGAACUGCAGAGGGACAAGCCUGCCGGACCACAAAACAUGAAUGGGGUCGGCGAGAAGCAGCCUAGGACUCCAUGGAGAAUGGACACGAAUGGAGCACCACAAACCACUGCAGACUCGGCCACCAGCCCCAAGCUCCUAUAUGUGGAUAGAGUUGUACAGGAAAUUCUGGAGACGGAGAGGACCUACGUGCAAGAUCUAAAGAGCAUCCUGAAGGAUUACCUGGAAUGUAUACGGGACCAAGCCAAACUUCCCCUGGCGACCGAAGACAGGGCUGCUCUUUUCGGAAAUAUACAGGAUAUCUACCACUUCAAUAGUGAACUUCUUCAAGAUCUAGAAAACUGUGAAAACGAUCCUGUGGCCAUAGCGGAAUGUUUUGUGUCCAAGAGUGAAGAGUUCCAUAUUUAUACCCAGUAUUGCACCAACUACCCAAGGUCUGUGGCCGUGCUAACUGAGUGCAUGAGGAACGAGAUACUCACCAAGUUCUUCCGGGAGCGCCAGGAAACUCUGAAACACUCACUACCCCUAGGGUCCUACCUUCUAAAACCAGUUCAGCGGAUUCUCAAAUAUCAUCUCCUUCUUCAUGAAAUAGAGAAUCACCUUGAUAAGGACACGGAAGGCUACGACGUUGUGCUGGAUGCCAUAGACACGAUGCAGCAAGUGGCCUGGCACAUCAAUGACAUGAAACGGAAGCAUGAGCAUGCUGUCCGCUUGCAGGAGAUCCAGAGCUUGCUAACCAACUGGGAGGGGCCUGACCUCACCAGCUAUGGGGAGCUGGUGCUUGAAGGCACCUUCCGCAUCCAGAAGGCCAAAAAGGAAAGGACUCUCUUUCUCCUGGACCAGCUGCUGCUCAUCACAAAGAAGAGAGAUGACACGUUUACAUACAAAGCUCACAUCCUGUGUGGCAACCUCAUGCUUGUAGAAGUCAUACCAAAAGAACCGCUCAGCUUCAGUGUCUUCCACUACAAGAACCCCAAGCUUCAGCACACAGUUCAGGCCAAAUCCCAGCAAGAAAAACGUCUCUGGGUUCUGCACCUGAAGAGAUUGAUUCUGGAGAACCACGCAGCAGCAUCGAAGAUCCCAGCUAAGGCCAAGCAAGCAAUUCUUGAAAUGGACGCCAUCCACCAUCCAGGCUUCUGUUACAGUCCCGAGGGAGAGAUGAAGACACCAUGCGGUUCUGCACCCCAUCGGCUGAGACGGAAGUCGGAACCUUCCUCGAGAUCAAACAAAGUGUUGAAGACCAGCGAAACUUCACAAGAUAUCCAGAAGGUUUCUAGAGAGGGAAGCUCUUCCCAGCUGACUUCGGCUGUACCUGCCCAGAGGAACCGCCAGCCCGGCAGCGCUGCAGUUAUCAAUAUGCUUCGCGGGGGAGGCGGUGUUAGAAGCCCGUGGACAGAUCACCACAUCCGGCAGCGGACGGAUCACCACAUCCGGCAGCCUUUGUUUCCAAGCCGCCGGUCUCCACAGGAGAAUGAGGACGAUGACGACGAUGAUUACCAGAUGUUCGUUCCGUCUUUUUCUUCCUCGGAUCUCAACUCCACCAGGUUGUGUGAAGAGAACGCUUCAAGUCGCCCUUGCAGCUGGCAUCUGGGACUCAUCGAACCCGCAGAGAUCUCCAGCUCUGGUCACAGGAUAGUCCGACGGGCCAGUAGCGCAGGGGAAAGCAACGCCUGCCCUCCCGAAGUAAGAAUUAGGGACAGUGAUGACUCUCAGUACUGUCCCGGGAGAGAACCCCAGAACAGUCCUCAACCAGGAGGAGAGGGAGGGAUGACCCCCUUUGGGUCAUCUGUAGAGCUGACUAUUGAUGAUAUAGACCACGUCUAUGAUAACAUAAGUUAUGAAGACUUAAAGUUAAUGGUGGCCAAGCGGGAUGAAACUGAAUGUUCUUUCUCCAAAUCAUCCAGAGACUCUGUUCGCCCCAAGAGCACCCCAGAGUUAGCCUUCUCAAAGAGUCAGGCUAGCCACAGUACAAGCUCUCUCCACUCAAAGAAAGAGGCAGGCCCCAGUGGUCAAGAGGCAUCCAACCAAAGCAUACAUGAACACCAGGACGUGGAAGAAAACAUCUAUGACACCAUAGGGCUUCCAGACCCACCAUCGCUGAACUUUCAUUGCAGCAGCCUCAAGCAGCCCAAACGGAGCACCUUCCUGGGUCUGGAAGCUGAUUUUGCAUGCUGUGACAGCCUGAGACCGUUUGUCUCUCAGGAUAGCCUCCAGUUCAGUGAGGAUGACAUAUCUUACCACCAGGGACCCUCCGAUACCGAUUAUUUGAGUUUGCUAUAUGACUCUCCUCGCUGUAACCUGCCUAUUGCAGAUAAGGCUCUGUCCGACAAAUUAUCCGAAGAAGUAGAUGAAAUCUGGAACGAUCUGGAAAAUUACAUCAAGAAAAAUGAAGACAAGUCGAGAGACCGCCUCCUUGCAGCCUUUCCUGUGAGCAAAGACGAUGCACCAGAGAGGCUGUUUGUCGACAGCACCCGUGAGCUGGGCAGGAAUACAGGACAUGUCACAUCUAUGCUGGCCCUUCCUGCAAGCCAGCCUUUCCUCCCGCCUGGGAAAAGCAGGGUUGUCAGAGCGAGCAGGGCCAGCCGCUCCCUGGAUAAAGACAUUAUUUCAACAGAAGGCUCCUUCCUGAGUCUUAACCAACUCUCUCUGGCCAGCGACGUGCCUCCUGUGGACAAUCCCUAUGACCUGGCCAACUUCAGCCUGCCCCAGACAGACCCAGAAAACCCUGACCCUGGGAUGGAGGUCACAGACAAGACCAAGAGCAGGGUCUUUAUGAUGGCCAGGCAGUAUAGUCAAAAGAUUAAGAAGGUAAAUCAGAUUUUGAAAGUGAAAAGCCCGGAGUUGGAGCAACCACCGUCCAGUCAGCCUAGCCCCAGUCACAAAGACCUGGUGGCCAUCUUGGAAGAGAAGAGGCAAGGAGGGCCCGCCAUUGGUGCCAGGAUCGCUGAAUAUUCCCAAUUGUAUGACCAGAUUGUGUUCAGAGAGACACCCCUUAAAGCUCAGAAGGAUAGCUGGGCCAGCCCCCAAGAACCCACCCUCCACAGGCCUGCAUCACCUCCCCAGGCCCAGGGCACUGGCGAGGACUGGCUCUGGCAUUCGCCCUACAGUAACGGUGAAUUGGCAGAUUUCUCUCCCCAGACAGAGCAAGACUCAAAGUCAAAAUACCCCAUCACGUUAGAGAGCAUCACAAAAAUUAGGCCCAGGCAGUUGUCGGGCGCUUGUUCAGUGCCUUCUCUUCAAGUGUUGGACCCACUGCUGGGCUCUGUGCAGCAGAGAUGCAGCGUGGUGGUCAGCCAGCCCCACAAAGAGAACUCAGGUCAGAGUCCUCUUUACAACUCGCUGGGUCGCAAAGUCGUCAGCGCUAAACCUCAGCCUUAUAGCAGGCCUCAGUCAUCUUCCUCAAUCUUGAUAAACAAAUCUCUGGACUCCAUCAACUACCCUAGUGAGACAGAAAAGAAGCAACUGCUCUCUUCACAAAAAAGUCCCAGAGGUGCGAGCCAGCAGGAUUUGCCGUCAAGGCUAGCGAACACAUGUCAACAGGGCACGGGCAAACGGUCCGAUAUUACGCUCCAAGACUCGCAGAAGGUUCUCGUGGUAAAUAGAAAUUUACCCUUGAGCGCUCAAGUAGCGACGCAGAAUUACUUUUCUAAUUUCAAAGAGACCGAAGGAGAUGAAGAUGACUAUGUGGAAAUCAAGUCAGAAGAGGAUGAAGUGGGGCUGGAUCUCUCUCCAAGGCGGGGCAGGAAGUCUGACCCAAAGAUCCCGGACCCUGACUGUUCGGAUAACAUCUGUAGCCACAGCACACUUUACUCUUUGAAGGAGCCAGUGAGUGGCAGGCUUGGGCUUCCUCCUUACCUGACAGCAUGUAAGGACUCUGAUAAACUGAAUGAUUACCUGUGGAGGGGGCCGUCACCCAAUCAGCAAAACAUUGUCCAAUCUCUGAGGGAGAAAUUUCAGUGUCUUAGCUCAAGCAGCUUUGCCUAGGUUUCUAGAACUGUCCAAAUUAGCUCCUUAGGCUUGCAAAUUACCAUACGAAUGAGGUUGUUUUUUCUGUAUUUUCUUUCCAUAUAUGCACCAGUUUAAAAACAAUUUUGUAAUAACAAGAGGGUAAAAUGUGCUUUCGCUUACAGCACAGCUCUUUGAGCUGGCUGACCAUGACAUUUACCCCUCCCCACCCCCCAUGUCCUAACAGUAGCACCCACUCUUAGAAUACCAUCUCUCCACAUUCUAAGGAGUUUUAUACUGUGACUCAGAGGCACCACAAGUGAAUCUCUCUCACAGUUUUUAAAAAGCAAGACUAGAGUUAUUUAAAGAGUCAUGCUUACAUGUGGCAUCUCUAUAUUUGACAAGACUCAAGAAUGAUGCCCUGUCUGAGUCUCGGAAAUUAGUGAUUCUUCACACCAGUGUUUUGUUGCAUGGUUUGGUGUCUCCUGCAAAGGGGAAUGUCAUGUUGUACAAAAUGUCUUAUGUAAGUGGUCCCUUAGGUUCUAGGAUAAAUCUGUAGCUUUUUUCAUUACGUCUGUGGACCAGGCUGCAGACUUUGAGAGCCUGUGUGUGUGUCUCUGUGUGUGUUCCAUUGUGUGCUUAGAUGCUCCCUCAAUGUUAUCAAUUCCGUGCUUUUGUUUAAAACAGUUUCUUCUGAAGGUGGGGGUGGGGAUGUACAUAACUGGGAACGUUUUAUGUACUUAAAUGUUCUUACUGGGUUCCUGUACUGAAGGGUCCAAUUUUUCUUUUUUAUAUAAGUUCACUUUUCACCUACUUUUUUUUUUCGUGGGGGGAAAGUAGUGCAUCUUGGAAAACAUAGUUUAAAUACUGUAUAUAAGACAAUGAAACUUAGUAAUGCCCAUUAUUUAAUAAAGUUUGUAAAGUGGAAAGUAAAUUUUCAUUUGAAUUAGUGGGUAUGCACUGAAACAUUCUAAUGUUUCCACACUGCUUGGCUACAUUACUCAU